AUGGAUCCCGCCGCCUUCGCGGGGCUCCUCCAUUACAUCUACACGGACUCGCUCGCCGACGACUGCACCGCGGGCAGGGUCGUGGCGGCGCAGCACCUGCUCGUGGCCGCGGACCGGUACGGGCUCGACAGGCUGAGGGUGCUGUGCGAGGCGAGGCUGUGUGGCUGGAUCGACGUGCAGUCGGUGGCGACCACCUUGGCGUUGCCCGAGCGGCACCAGUGUGCCAAGCUCAGAGAAGCUUGCCUCAGGUUCCUGUCCUGGCCGGACAUGCUUCGCGCUGCCAUGAAAACGGAGGGGUUCGGCCAUCUCAUUGCGAGCUACCCUUCGGUUGCCAGCGAUAUCUUGGACAAGGUCGUCUCGGCAAGAGUUGACGAUCAUUGA